UAGUAAUUCAUUCAUCAUUGUUGAGAUGGGUGGAGAAUUCGUGUUGAACGUUGGAAUUUUGUAGAUGUGAUAUUGUUUUUAUUUGCGCACUUGUGUUGUACGCGAGGAUGUGUUUAGUUAUUUUUGCAUCGUUCGAUAACUGUAUUGUGUGAUACAAUUGAUACGAAUGUGUUGGGAUUUUUAAUUGUGCAGAUUUGUGUGUGUAGUGGUAAUCAUGCCGGGUCUCAUAGGUAUCGGCGAAUUUAUUGAGGAAACUCGAGAAGACUACAGUUCGCCGACUACAUCGACGUUCGUUUCGCGAAUGCCACAAUGCCGCCAGACAAUCAACGCUUUGGAAGAGACGUUGGAUUUCGACAGAGAUGGCCUGACCAAACUAAAGAAAGCAAUAAAGGCGAUACACAAUUCUGGAAAUGCUCACGUGGACAACGAGAUGUAUCUCUCCCGGGCACUCGAGCGGCUCGGGGGAAACGCACUCAGCAGGGACUCAGAACCAGACAUCGGCGCCGCCUUCUUCAAGUUUGCAGUGGUCACAAAAGAACUGUCAGCGCUAAUGAAGACCCUGAUGCAAAACAUAAACAACAUUGUGAUGUUCCCGGUUGACAGCGUGUUAAAAGGUGAUCUCAGAGGAGUUAAGGGUGACUUGAAGAGACCCUUCGAUAAAGCAUCCAAAGACUAUGAGUCCAAGUACCUGAAGAUUGAGAAGGAGAAGAAGUCCCAAGCGAAGGAGGCGGGCUUGAUCCGAAGUGAAGUGACGCCUGCGGAGAUAGCAGAUGAGAUGGAAAAGGAACGAAGAUUGUUUCAGCUUCAAAUGUGUGAGUACCUGAUAAAGUUCAACGAGAUAAAGACGAAGAAGGGGAUCGAGCUGCUUCAGCACUUAGUGGAAUACUACCAUGCGCAGACUAACUACUUUCAAGACGGGCUGAAGACGAUCGAACAUUUCGGCGUCUAUGUAGCUGAUCUGAGCGUGCAGCUGCAGAAGAUCCGACAGCAGCAGGACGACGAAAGGAGGAGGUUAUUGGAGCUGCGGAACAUGUUGAGGGCAGCCGCACCACAAGAUAGAGAGGUAUCAUCAUCAAUAGGCGGCUACUCGCUCCACCAGUUGCAAGGGGACAAACAGCAUGGGGUCACCAGGAGCGGCUAUCUCCUCAAGAAGUCCGAAGGGAAGGUGCGGCGGGUCUGGCAGAAACGGCGGUGCCGCGUCACAGCUGAAGGAUUCCUGGACAUAUUCCAUGCUGACGAGAACAAACCCCCGGCCAGGGUCAACUUGCUCACAUGUCAGAUAAAAGUCGCUGCUGAUGAUAAGAGGGCCUUCGAUCUAGUCUCAUACAACCGUACCUACCACUUUCAAGCUGAAGAUGAAAACGAGCAGAGAGCGUGGACAUCAGUCCUCAUCAACUGCAAGGAGGGAGCCCUAAUGAGGGCUUUCCACCAGCAGGCUGGCGAGAGCAACGAUACGGGUCACUCGCUCCUGGAUCUCCAGAGGUCCAUCAUUAGAGCCGUCAGGUCUAUGCCCGGGAAUCAAGUCUGUGCUGACUGCGGUUCUACCAACGACCCCACAUGGCUCUCAACGAACUUUGGCGUAAUCGUCUGCAUAGAAUGCUCCGGCAGUCACCGGGAGCUAGGCGUCCACAUAUCCAGGAUACAAUCGCUGACGCUGGACCGGCUCAGCACGUCGCAGCUGCUGCUGGCCAGACACAUGGGCAACCAGAUGUUCAACGAGGUCAUGGAGAACACGCUGGAUGACAGGGACAAGCUGACGCCUGAGAGCACCAUGGAGGAGCGGCUAAGGUUCAUCCGUGAGAAGUACGUGUACCGUGCCUGGGCCGCGCGGACCUGCUGCGACGCCGCCGAGCGCCUGUCUGAAGUGGAACAUGCAGUCAACAACGGACACCUACAGAACCUCCUCCAGGCGUACGCUGAGGGCGCUGACCUCGCCGCGCCGCUGCCUUGCUCGGACUGCGGAGAAACUGCUCUCCACCUCGCCAUAUCGCGGGAGCUUGGCGAUGGCUCCUGCCUCCACAUAGUCGAUUUUCUAGUCCAAAACGGCGGUUCAACGCUCCUCGAUAAGACUACGUCCAGUGGCAUGACCGCCUUACAUCUGUGCGCGGCCACGGACAGAACUGAACCUAUGAAGUUGUUGCUCAAAGCUGGGGCCGAUAACACGCUCAAGGAUGGCAGCGGGAGAACCGCUCUACAAAUUGCCAGGCAGAUGGGACAUCAUGCCUGUCAGGAGUUGUUGGAGAAUGUUGAUAAACGAGAGAAGAGUAUGUUUGAAAACAUAAAUAUAGACUGGAACCUAUCACAUGACGAUGGUUCAACAGAUUUCUCUGACGACGAUACUGUUAUUGACGAACGGCAAAAUGGUAGCGUAACUCCAGAGAAGAAGUGCCCCCGAUCUCGGCCUCCUUCAUACGCUGGAGGCGCUGUAGUCUGCACUGUAUCGAGCGUGUUAGGCGCCGGGGGUGGGGGCGAACGCUCCGCGGGGGGUGGGGACUCGCCCGUGCUGCGCUCGCGGUCAUCGACCUGCGACUCGCUGCACCACGCCCCGCCCACUCCUACUACGCUGCCGAGGAAGCCUAACGUCUGCGCCGUAGUGUGCACUGUAUCGAGCGUGCUAGGCGCCGGGGGCGGGGGCGAACGCUCCGCGGGGGGCGGGGACUCGCCCGUGCUGCGCUCGCGGUCAUCGACCUGCGACUCGCUGCACCACGCCCCGCCCACUCCUACUACGCUGCCGAGGAAGCCUAACGUCUAUAACAUUGGAAGUUUAAAGAAGAGGGCAGCGCCCCUCCCUCCCGCCGUGGCCCUAUCGCACCCGCCGCCACACCCCCGGUCGACGCCGUCGCCGUCCGCCGACAGCGCACGAUCGUUACACGUGGUAGGGGUGGGGGGUGCGGUGGUAAAGCACCGGCCGCAGCAGCCGCCGCCGACGCCGCCGCCCGCGACGCUACACAACGGCGCGCACCGCGACGAGCCCACACCGCCGCCUAGGAAGAAGAAAAAUAGAUUGCAUCUGGAAAAGGCGGUCAAAGCGAAACUGAGAAGGGAGUGUUCUAGUCAAGAUUCGUCGCUGGAGUUGUGCGACAUGUCGGAUUCGUGCUUGGAAGACAGUCGACUGCAGUCGGCGCUGUCGUGCGAUAGCUCGCGAUCGCGCGACCGGUCGCGCCGCAGCGAUUGUCGGUCGCUAGACGUAUCGGACACUUCGAGCGUGCAUUCGCGGUCGCCAUCUGCUUCUAUAACUAUGAUGGGCGGAGUUAGGCGGUGUCGCGCUCUAUACGACUGCUCAGCUGACAACGAGGACGAGCUAUCGUUCCGCGAGGGUGAAGUAAUAGUGGUCAUCAACGAGCGCACAGAAGAUGACAACUGGAUGGAGGGCCAAGUCGAAGGCACAGCUCGUCGCGGAAUGUUCCCUGUCUCUUUCGUACACAUGCUCCCGGACUAAAUGGUGACCACACGUCAAUAUUAAGCGUCAAUAAAACUGACCGGCAUGCGAUCGAACGAAGCGAAGUCUCCAUACGAGAGUAUUUAUCCUUAGCAACGUAGGAGUUCUGUAAACGCUGGCUGGUACAGCUUGAUAUGUUAACAAGGCAAAAAAAUUCAGCUCACUUAUGUCACUUGAUCGGGACCGAGUUGACGUUAUACCUAUCACUCCUGUGUUAGAGUGAAUGCAUGUGUUUAUGACGUUGGACUGCAAAUCUCAGAACACUCCCGACGUUGCAUAGCCCAGGUGGCAAAAAUCCUCUAUACUCUCAUUAAGUACUAAAAUCAUUAAAAAAAAAGGCGUAUUAUGUACAGAUACUGUAUUUAAACGCUUAAUGCGUAAUCUGAGUGGUGAUCAGAGGUCAAUAUGCAACCAAAUUGUGGUACUUUGUAUGUACCAGUGUUCAAUCAAUAUUCAGUCACUACAGAACAAAGUAAGAGCAUUAUUGAUAGUCUUGUUUGAAUUUAAACAUUUAUCUCACAAUGCUGUUCGUAGUACUACUUCUUAAUAAGGAUAAGAGUUAGAAAUUGUUUGUAAGCCUGAACUGAUUGUAACAGUGUCAUUAGUACUGAGUUACAAAUGCCUGUAAAUUGGGAAAUAUGAUGAAAUUAGUAACUUAUGCUGAAAUAUUUCACGGGAUUGAAUUACACUAGACAUGGUUGAUUCUGUGUUCAAUAUUGCAUCAAUCUCAAUAUAGUUUCUGGAGAAGGAUGGAGAACUUGUCAUGUUUACUCUAUUCUUUUGGCCUAAAGCUUUCGGCUUUCUUUCGAGUGGCCAUGAGCUUAUUUAUAAUAGUGUUUUUAUAAUUGAGUGUUGAUUACAUAUACAGAAGCUUUGCUGUGCAAUUGGUUUAUAAUCUAUGGUCAGUUGUUUAAUACUGUAAUAUUUGAAAAGGACCACACCCACUAGAAAACCUGUUAUCAAACGCAACACACGUUGUUGCUAUUUAAAACUGUUAUAUAAAGUUAUUCAAACUUGCUAAAUAUCUUACAGAGCACUUAUCAUUAGGCCUUACAUUAUUCAUAGCGAUAAAAGUUAAAAUGAAACAGUGUAUAAUUGUUUUUAUACAACAAUUUUAAUACUCAUAAAAUUUUCCAUUCCAAUUUAAAUAAUAUAACGUAUACAGUGUUUGGCAUUUCGGAAUAUAAAUUAGAACUAUUGUUAAAACUAAACAAAAUAGUGGGGAAGUGUUGAAUUUUAGUAUGCAGGCUGCAAGUUAUUAUGACACCAAUAUUGUAAAAUUGUGCCAGUAGCUAGUCCGUCCUGUCGCGGAUUUUUACUUGUAUUUUGAACGUUUUAUUACAUUUCUUAGAAAUGCUUUUUAGAGAUUUGCUCAUUGUUUUCAAAAUUCGUAAAAAAUAUUGAUCUUAGAAAAAAAAAGGAAAAAAAAUAUAUAAAAAGCAUGAAUGUGUAGUAUGUAAAGUAAGGUCUUUUUAACGCUGUACUCUAUCCAAAGCUCUUUUAAUUAUAUUUUAAUUUUCAUUUGUUAUUUUAAUUCAGCAUUCUCAGAGAACCUUUUGAGACCGUCAAUAUUAUGUAAAUGUAAUUAUUACGACAGGUUUUUAUUUUAAGAAAAUUAAACUUCUCUAAUUAAGCAUAGUAAUUGUAACCUUGUCUAACUGAUCUCUAAUUCAAGUCUAAUUGGACGUUAAUUGUAAAAUAUAAAAUUUAGAAAUGUCCUGUUUUAAGAUGAGAGCGUGAUUUGGAUUGUUGAGACGAAUAUCGUCUAUGUAAAGAAGAAUUAAUCAUUGUUAGGGAUGUAUUGUGAGAAUGUCUGUAAAAUAAGUAUUAGUGUUAACUCGGAUUUUUGUAUACAGCGAACAUGAAAACUGCUCAUAUAAAUUCAAAUUCGUCUGUGUAUUAAUAAAUUAAUGCUCGCUGUAUCCAAGAAUACCCGAAAAGUAGUCGUAUCUUUCAAAUAAAAUUCAAGUCAAUAUUGCAAAACAUUUAACAUCCAUAAUGUAAAUAAUUAUAAAUUAAAAUCACUAUAACGUUCAACAAUAUUAUUAUAAAAUAAUCAUUAAAAUAAUCAUAAUAUUGAAAACAAUGUAGGUGUCACAUCAGCAGAAAUAUGUGUAGGAUGUGUUAAUGUUUUGCAUAUUAUUGAUUAACCUAAUUAUAUUAAGAGUAAGUAUAAAAUGUUCUCGACAAAUAAAAAGUAUUAAAAUAUUCACAAGGAGAGUUGCCAUAAACAUUGACGUAGGCAUGUCUAUGGAUAGGCCAGAUAGCGAUUUGCCAAAAAGUAUUGUGAUCAGUAGUAAAAGAAAAGAUAUAUCAGCGACAAACUCUCGGACCAGUGGCUGUUUGUUGUCUAGUUUGUUCUCGUAGUUGAUAUUGAGGUGUCUUAGAUUGUUGGUGCAUGCUGUCUAUAGAGUUUAUAUUCUCAAAGGGAGCCAUGGUCCAGCUUUUAGUCAAAUGGAAUUGUAAAAAACGUUCUUAUUCAUCAAAUUAAAUACUGCCUGUAUUUUAUCUUCAACUGGCAACUUGACUUGUUUCGUUCCUAGUUCCUUCGUCUUGGACCAAAGAGUUUAUAUUACUGCAACGGAAUUAGACGGAAACCAGCGUGACCUAUGGCCCCCUUUGUGAUGCAGAAACUUUGAAUCUUGUUAUUACAUGAUAAAUUUUAACAUUUUCCAUGUUUAAUAGACAAACUACCAAUAACGUAUGCAAUACUUGUAGUGAUAGCAAUAGUGUUCCUUCUUAUGGAAUUAUCGAACAAUAAUUUAGUGAUGAUGAUUAUACCAUAUGUAUAAAUGUGUAUCGUUAUAUCCAACAGAUAUGUAGCCCUCAUUCAGCUAAUCUUCACAUUCCCAACCGUAUAAUUAAGUUGUAUGUAUAUUGAGUUGGAUAAAGGUCCCAUUAUAUUUAUAGGCUGUUACAAUUACAUUUUAAUCCAUUAAGAAGUUACCUGUAUACUGCGCCCGUUGCCAUACAUUAGUGUUAGUCGCUAAUAUUUAAUAUUGCUCACACUUAUCUGCAACAAAUGUUUCAACUAUCUAUUUGCAAUUUCAGUGUACCUCUUACUAAAUAUCCUCACCUACAAGCAAAUGGUUAUAAUUCGUUGAAGUAAAUCCGUAAAUAACAAAAUAGCACGAUAAAUGCAGUUAUUCUGUUUCCACUAUUGCCAUGCAUGAACUUGCGUGUAACGUUGCGACACAGCUAUGUAAAUAUGAAUAAAUAUUUUAUUAAUAUGCGUAUAUAGAUAGAUAUGUAGGAAAAACCUUAAUUUAUUAUUAUUUUGAGGAUGAUUUGUACCAGAAAAGUGACUAAAAUUAUCAGAUUUAAUCACUUUUCUGGUGCAUACUAUAUUUAUUAUUUAAUAUAUUGUGAAAAUCUAAUUGUGAUGAGAUAUUUUAAUGCCAUUUUAGCCUGUCAGUAUGUUACUUAUUAAAAGUUGUGUAACCAAAUGAUGCUAAUAGAGUGUAAGAUGUUUUACUAUUCUUUAUGAAGUUGUAGUUGAAAUAGUCUUUUCUAUUGUGUAUUGUAUGUGAACGGAAAUCUGUAUGAAUUUAUUAAUACAUCACUUUGAUGUUA